AUGCCGUUUUGGUUUCUCUUCAUCUUGUACUUGUCGAAGUGGCUCGGGGACAACGAUGAGGAUCAAGGUUCAACAUCUAAAGCCUGGGGCCCGACGGAGAAUCCCAAGUACCAAGUCCAUUGGAUCGACGUGGUGACUUUGGGGCUGUUGAAGUUGUACCGCGGGACCUGCAUUGGGAUCAAGUACGGGUACUUCAGCCCGACGGAAAUGGCCUGUAUCAAGGGGAGCAAAAACUACGGGACGUUUGGCAAAGGACCGCGCAGACUCGGGGCGGCGCUCUACUACGACCAGCAAGGGACGUUUGAGUGGGACAUUUUAGAGGCGAUGUUCGAGUCGGUUCUACGGAAUUCUCUACUGCUGGAGUUCCAACAGGGCGAGCUCGAAGUGGAAAGGGACGCGCAAGUCGUCAAAGGCUUCUUCACCCUCGCGCAGGACAAUUUUUUCAGCGUGUUAGACGACCCCGCGAAGUUUUCGCGGAAAAAGAAAAACUUCAAGCACGAGCACAUCUGGCACAGCAAGUAUGGGAAUUUGAGGAAAAUUCUUCGCUUGGACCCGAAAAGCGUGCGGGCAGCGGCGUGCGCGGGUAAUUGUGUGAAUAGCGAGAUAGCAGGAGUAGACAUGAUGAAAAUAAAUACCGCAACCACGCUGUCGAAGCAAACAACAUCUAAACCGGCCAUGAUCACAGGAGCUACGAGCAGCACAACUACAAACGGUACUACAACAACCCACACGAGCGAAGAUCUGACCAUCACCACCAACAAGAUCCCGCUCCCCCUUCUCGCCUAUGUCAUUCUCGGCGUCGCUUACGAACCCACGCCGGAUUCCAUGUUCAUUUUCUGUUGCUGUUUCCUACCUACCUGCGCCUGUCCGAUAAUCCGCGCACUACAAUUCGGUGGGGACUACGCCUUCGGCGGGGAUAGUUUGUCCAACACCAUGUACGUUUUGCGCCUGCUCUGGUUUCAGAUGGCCAUGGUGAUGGUCUUCUUCUUUGCCUCCUUCCCCUACCUCGACGCGUACAAGCGGUGGCUACUCUCUCAGGUCCUCCUCGUCCUCUUCCUCGACGACCCCGAGGCACGCAACUACUUACGGACGCGGAACCCGAAAAUCGCGGAGAGAAUCUCCCUGUUGAACCCGAACGGCACGGACUUACUCGCGGGCAACGUGAACAAUUUGCAAGCCGUGUGGGUUCUGUGCAAAACCGCUUCCCCGACACUGUUGCGGAACAUGAUGUGCCAGUACAAUUGCGGGUACAGCUUGGCGUCGUUGGUGUACGUGUCUUUGUGCACGGCGUUGCUGGUUUUCAUGCUGACGGACGACGAGACCCACGUGUACUGGCCGUUUGUCGUCGAACAAGCGUGCAUUUUCCUCGGCUUGGGCGGUAUCAUCGUCUACACGGUUUUCUACGGCGUGUGGUGCAACCAAAGUCUGUAUCGUAAGGAAAAAUCCCCCCUCCCCAUAUCAAAUGGGAAAUCUGUGAUGCAGGAUAUGCGUACACAAAUGCGCGCUGUCUUGUAAUACGGCAUCGCAGCCAGAUCCGCAGCCUAGGGAGGGACAUUUGGGUCUAGGUGCUUAGCAUUACAAACGGCUGUCCUCUAGGCCCAACAGCAUGCCAAAUCGCUUCCAUAUUGGCGCGGAAGCCUCUGCAUUUGUCUUCUUGCAAGACAAAUGCGAUUUGUGACCUCAAAGCAGCAACGGGUUGUGACCUCAUGAGGCUGUGCCCGGGCUCAGCAAGGGUUUUUCCCCUGUCUGUGCUCCCUCGUGUUCACGCUCCUGUGCUGCUUGACUGGUAGUCAUUUUGGCUUUUGUUUUUCCUCCGUCGCUGUCGUUUGGUCCCCAGGGCUGCUGCGGACAGGGCCCCCUGGGUUACCUCGGUCGAGUGGUCGUGCGGUUCGGUUCUCCUAUGCCCAUACCUACCGUGUACUUGCCGCUGGGUACUGGUAGUGCGUCUCUUUCGUCAGACUGUUUCGCUUCGGCGAAACGACAUGACGAUUGUUUGGGGAGGUUCCUAACGGUCCCCUCAGGGCAUUGCCUCGUCGCUGACCUGUGGAUGCGGACGGUUCAGGUCAGCUUCGGGAUGGGUAUCCGGAGUUGAGUUAGCUUCGGCUUUCUCUUGUGUAUUCGAGGGCAGUGGUUGGCGGAGGUUGUUGGGAUGUUCCUAAACAGUCAUCCCAGAACAUUUGUGUUCCUUUCUGACUUCCUCAUUUCCUGUGCAGUAUUUUACUGCAUAUACAGGCGCCACCCUCGUUUAUCACCUCCAGGGCUACGUGCGACCCCUCCGACGCUGCGUGUGGAAGGAGGAAGUUCGGCGUGUUGGGGGUGAGGGACCCCCAACGAGGCCUACGGAUAUCAGCUGGAAUAAAGGCUCAAAGCAGCAACGCAAAUUUUCGGAAACAUACCUUUUCGAUAUGGGGAGGGGGGAUUUUUCCCCUCAAUAGUCUGCAAAAACUCGAGCACAUCUUCCUUCGCGGCAACAUCCGGUCCGCGCAUCGCGUGUCAGCUAGUAGUAGUUCUUGUGGUUCGUCGAGUACGAAAGGGAGUAGAAUAAACAGUGGUAUGAUGAAUCGAGAACAUCUUCACACUGGCCCGCCGCUUUCAGAAAAAGAGCAAAGGAAAGCGGAUCAGGAGGCUGAGCAGCAACAGCUGCUGCUAGCAAAACAUGAAUUUUUCCAGACGACGGCGGCGGAUUUCGCAACAGAACUUCGGCUUCACUUCAACUGCCACAGCAUGCAGUUUCUCUACCGGCCGGCAACGAGCGAACUGGUCAACUUCGUCUACGCCUAUGUCAGCUUUUUGGUCUCGGCAAUCCUGUCUGCGUUCGUGGCCGGCGGGCAUUUCUCGCUGACGCCGAAUUCUGGAUGAUCGAGAUGCUUCGACGUUCCGUUCCAAAUAUUCAGAGCUUCUGUUUCAAUGUCGAACAUUGGAUGCGCACGCUUGUCGCUAUCAGCAAAAGCUGCAGCUUGUACAAUUGAUUUUGCAUUCAUUGAUUUAGUUUCGAAGCCUAUGAUAAAGCUAGGGAAUGCAAUUCAAACGAGGACGUCGGGUGGCGCUGAGUGUUGAUUAGUGUGUUCCCGCAGUACCUGCUCUAAGUACCGUUCAUGUAGGUAUGUCUAUCUAGCCAGCCUGCCCCUUUCAGCAUCCUGAAGGGAAGCAGAUAUCAUAUGCCACUGUUCGCACAACGACGAUCUCGAUGAAGUUUGCGUCGGUCGAAUGUCGGUACUGCCUGGUCGUGACAGCCUCAGGGCUUAGCCGAGUCUACCACUAGUUUCUCUGUGAGUGACAAGGAAGGAGUGCCAUCUGAUUUUCGGUUAUUAAAGUGCAAUCCGAUCCUGUAGGUUGAUCGUGACCGUUUUUACUUCUCCUGAUCAUCGUGAUGAAAUCAAUACCACAACAGGAC